UAGAAAGCAACUGCCAGUUAAACGCCAGCGCUCUGCUACUCCAGCCUGCUCCAGCGCGCUCUAGCCAGGCCGCCAGUAUCGCUCCCUUUGUCUUAGCCCUUUGUUGACAUGCCAAACUCGGGAGCUCCGACGGCACCAAGCACGAAGGUGAGGAGCAGCGGCAGCUCUGGAGCGGCGAGGACCCGGGUCUCCUCGCGGCUCUCGGGCACUCGGCGCACUUUCCCGCCAAAACGUGUCGUGCUGCGCUCCGUGCACCAGAGCCCUACGUUCAUUGACGCUUCGCCUGAAACACUUCCUCACAUGUGGACGCGCAACAACAAACUAAAAUGCCGCAGCGCCCGGCCGGCUCCAUGGCUCCAUCAGCGGGUCGAGGCGACCCGGGCGCGUCCAAGCCCACCAGCAGCAGAAGUACGCCACUGCAUCGUCGCCAGCCUCGCCGCGGCACAUGGGGGCGGGAUCCAUGCAGCGGCGCCCAUACUUACCACGCUUGGCCGGCGCCAGUACAUACUACCAGUACAGCUCGCCCGGUGCAGCCGCCGUUCAGCCCUCUAAUCAGCCCGGCCCCAGCUAGGCAGCCACCCUGCUUCACUUGCUCGGCAGCUUUGCCCGGCAUCGGCUACUGACAUCCGCCACGCCGCUUCUUUCUUCUCCCGUUUCUUUCCGCUUGCCCACGCAUAUGCUCCAUGGGCGCCCGCGGAUGCCUGGCUCCGUUCCAGGUGGGUGCAUUUUGUGGGUUUCGCGUUGUCGCGGCGAAUGGCAGCAGCCUAGUUGCGAGCUGGAACGCGUCCGCCCCUGCAAGCGGCAGCAGUCUCCACGACACUCGGACUCCGUUUGGCGUGCCGAAUGCGGAGCAGCGUGGAGCGCGCACCGGUGUCUCGUCUCGAAGGUAACAAGUAACCGCAUUGCCGCUGACACUAACUUCUUUCGUGAUGUUUAUUGCUAGCCUGGAGCUCGCGACGGCGUCUUGCAUUCGCAUUCACUCGCAAGCACUUCGUUAACAGGGCGUAUCAGGGAUAAUCGCCCCUGGGCCCCGGCAAGUUCACGCCGGUAUCUGUUGCCCAGUGGCAGGGACCCACUCGAGGUUCCGCCCUCGAGCGUUUGGAACUGGCGAGCCUCCCGCUUGCGGGUGCAGCCUGAGCAUUCACGCGGCCGCAUGCACGCGAUUGCAGCACUGCGCGGACGGGUCGUCGUCGUCUUACACCUUGGUUAUUUGGUUCUGGAGAAUUUGUUUCUUGGUUUGGCUUUUCAGCGGUUUCGGGUACAUGC